AUGAAUCUGUCGCUCGUUGACCCCUUCAUCCUCGCGCAGGACUGCCCUGAGGUCAUCACCGGGCGCCUUCGUGACGGCCAUUCGACAUCGAUUCGCUUCAGCCACCGCGGCGACCUACUCGCAUCUGGACGUCACGAUGGCAUCGUCGUCAUCUUCGACAUCGAGACAAAUGGCGUCGCACGCAAGCUCCGCGGCCACACGCGCCAGGUCCAGUCACUGAGCUGGUCGACAAGUGACCGCUACCUCCUCAGCGCCGGCCAGGACUGGAAGUGCGUGCUGUGGGACCUGAAGGAUGGCUCCAGAGUGCGAACCGUCCGCUUUGAAGCUGCCAUCUUCAUUGCAGAGCUGCACCCAAAGAACCAUAUGCUCUUCGUAGCCGCCCUCUUCGAAGACCAGCCCGUCAUCGUAGACAUAUCCGCUCAAGUCGCCGUAAGGCACUCCUUGUCGUCCGCGCCCUGCCGCUCGCAAUUGGAACGCGAGAACGCGACUGAGAAGCAGAUAGCGCAGGAUGCGAAGCAGACCACCACCAUGACCCUCUUCACCCCGUCUGGCCGCCACAUCAUCGCAGGCACAAACAAGGGCUGGCUGAACAUUAUAGAUACGGAGACGCGUCAAGUGCGCUAUUCCUUUAGAGUCACCAACAACAUCAUCGUUUACAUUCGCCUCACGCCAUCGGGACGAGACGUCGUCAUCAACUCGAGCGAUAGAAUUGUCAGAACCCUUCAUUUGCCCGACCUCAGCGACCCAAAACUAGAUUUCGACACACUGCAGCUCGAAGUAGAGCACAAAUUCCAGGAUCUCGUGCAGAAGCUGUCUUGGAAUCAUGUAUCAUUUAGCCCGACCGGCGAAUACGUCACUGCGUCCACCUGGAUGAAUCACCACAUCUACGUCUGGGAGCGUGGGCAGGGCAGUUUGGUCAAAAUCCUCGAAGGCACCAAGGAGGAGCUCUCUGUAGUCGAGUGGCAUCCGUUCCGACCCUUCGUCGCCGCCGUUGGGGUCGACUCGGGCCGCGUCUGGCUCUGGUCUAUCCUCCAGCCCCAACGCUGGUCCGCCCUCGCACCCGACUUUGUUGAAGUAGAAGAGAACGUCGAAUAUAUCGAGCGCGAAGACGAGUUCGACAUUCAGCCUCUCGAGGAAUUACACAAGCGGCGCCUCGAUCAAGAGGAUGAGGAAGUGGAUGUUCUCACCGUAGAACCUGUCAAAGCAUCGGCAACAGAGUUUGGGCCGACAAUCGGAGACACAGACUUCAGUAUGCCCAUAUUAUUGGACAUUGAAGCAAGCGACAGCGAGGAUGAAGUCGUGGCGGUUGGAGCCGGUCAGUUCAGACGCCGUAGUCCUGGCGCUGGCCGAGAGUGGAUGAAUGAUGAUGAAGUGGGGGUUAGCGGUGACGAAUCACGAAGAGCUAACGGUUCUACAGCCCAAAACGGCACGAAAAGACGGCGAGCAGGCUGACCGAAGCUGAAUAUUCGGAACAGACGUAGGGGAGAUUAUACAGGAUGUAAGUCCAAUAGAAGCAUGCCCAUCUAGUAAAACACAAAUUGCGCUCUACGCCAAAAGGCGCGAGAGCGUGCGAGCAAGGAGGGACCAGCUACUGUUCGCAAAAGCGAUUACCAGUAUAUUGCAACGAGUGCACUCAAAAGAAAUCAUUACUUUCCCCACCAACAAAAUACUC